AAUAGACAAUCAUGUUUGCAUCACUGCAAGGCAGGCUUCCCCACACAUAACUGUGGUUUAAGAUGCAUUGAGACCAUCGCUAUAGCAAUCAUACAUGAUGACAGCAUCUGUGAUGCAAUAGCUAUAUACAGCCUAGCCAAGAAGCCUAUACUAGUACAAUGGCUAACAGUUUCAACUUUACUGAUCAGCCAACUUUAAUUACUUAUCCAGGAGCAGAGAGGGACAGCCAGAGAGAUAAGAUUAACUUGACUCAAGAUGCUAGCACUAUCACAGAGAAGUCAAGACACACUUCCCUGGCAGCCAUUGGAGAGACAGACACUCCAUGGAACCAACCAAAAGAUAAGCUUAGUUUGAUUCAAGAUGCUAGCACUAACAUAGAGAAAUCAAGACACAUUUCUCUGGCAACCAUUGAAGAGACAGACACUCCAUGGAACCAACCAAAAGAUAAGCUUAGUUUGAUUCAAGAUGCUAGCACUAACAUAGAGAAAUCAAGACACAUUUCUCUGGCAACCAUUGAAGAGACAGACACACCAUGGAACCAGAUAAGAAGCACUCCGACAACAGAAACCACUAUUAAAGAAAAUAUGCUGAAACAUAAAGAACCUAUUCUUGCAAGUAUUAAUCCAAAAACUCUAUUUGGGCUUUAUACAAGGUACGGACUAUCCGAUAUCGAGUACAAAUCUAGAAAAAAGAAAGUAAACUUUCUUUUUGAGACGGUGGUCAACAACAAUGCUUUUUCAGAGUUUCUUGAAGCCCUGGAAAGAGACAAAGAGCACAUGGGCCACCAGUACAUAAUAUCACUGCUCCAAGGCACACCGUUUGAGACGAAAGAAGACAUCGAUAAAUCAAAAAUGCUGCUUGAUCAGAUUAAUAAACACGCCGACGAUGCUGUGGAAUUUCUAAAUGUGGAUGAUUUGAACAUAUAUCUUUGUUCAGCAGAACUACUUACAAAUGAAGAGUCUAAGAAAUUCACGAUUAAUACGAACACCUCACAAGAAAAGGCGAGAUUACUGCUAACUAUACUUAAAACAAAAGGCCCUACAGCGCAUUAUAUAUUCGUGUACAAAUGUCUAGCUAAAGAGAAAGAACAUUUAGGACAUGCCGAGCUCUAUACUAUGUUAACAGGAGAGAGUGCUGAAGAUAAGAGACGGCUGAACAGAAAAAGAAAAGCCUCAAUUGAAGAUAUUUGUACUCAGCCCCCAAAGCGCUACCCUAACCUGCUAGAAACCCCGAGCGGUUUGAAAGAAAACAAAUAUCUGGAAGAAAUAAGAAUAAUACGAAAGUACCACUUAAUGGGGAGAAGAAGGUGGGGCAUUGCUGAAGAUAUAUAUCAGAGUAUAAUGGAUUCCGAAGAUUACGUGUUGGAAAUAAAGAUAGCUGUUCUCCUCGAGAGCUGCACGAUGUAUAUUACUAACAAAGAAUCGGAGGUAGUGUUAGCGAGAGUGAAACUAGCCGAGAACAUGUCCAAGCAACUACAUAAACAAAAAAAUAACGUGGACAUGCUGGAAGGACGAUGCGAAUGGGUCAAGGCUAAGCUAUACCGGUACACUAAACAACUUGACAAGGCAGAGGAACACAUCACUGUUGCACGAAGCAAAAUCUGGAACUGCGAGGAAGGGGAAGAGAAAGCACUAGUCAGUUACUGUUACGCAUGCAUCCUCUUAAGCAAACCAGACAGGACCUUGAGAGACGAAGGAAGAGCUAUAGACGAUCUACACGAGGCCAUACGUUGUGCCAGACAAGGGGAGAGUGAAAGCCUCAAAAAAGGCAAGUACGGACUAGACUCCACCCACUGCAAGCUCCGCCUCGCCCAAGCGUACGUCGGUUCCUCUACUGGUAACACGGGGAAAGACGUGGGGGAAGUAUCUCAGGAGAACAUUGCCGAGGCUACGCGAAUAAUGAAGGAGAUCAAACAGAACGACUUAGAGUACAGACAAAAGUGCAUGUACUUGUACACCUCCUCAGAUGUUUGGAGGGUGGGCGGGAACAAGACAGAGGCAGUCAAGUGUGCCCAAGAAGCGUUCGCACUCGCACAAAAACACAACUUUAAUACCGAAAAGGAUUCAGCUAAACUAAGACUAGAACGUCUAAGUGAAGCAUCAUGAUUUAAAAUGUGCGUAUACCUAUGUAUACAAGAACUAUAAUUAUAGUAUAAUUAAAAUUAUAUGACAGUCUUGUGUCAUGCUAAUGAUAAGCAUUCCUAUGCCAUGCUAAAUAUAGACUAAUAAGAUCAUGUAUU